AUGGAAAACCGAAUAGUUUGUGUGCCGGGACAACGGCUUUGUCGACUAGAUUCAACACACACCUUAGGUAAAGGGACAUACAAAAGACAAGAUUACAUUUAUUCUAGUUUGGCUGGAAUCGUGAAUGUAGAUAAUACAAACAGUAAGAUAUCUGUAGUGGAAGUUCUAAGUAAAGAUCAGACUAUUGUUCCGGCACCUGGAGACAUUGUAACAGCAAUGGUUACUACAUUAAACCAAGACAUGUGCAAGUGCCUUAUUACAAGCGUCUGUGGACUGGAGUUGAAUGAAACAUAUAGAAGUAGCCUAAGAAGACAAGACGUACGCAUGAAAGAAAUUGACAAAAUUGAUAUGUUACAGUGUUUUAGACCGGGAGAUAUAAUAUUGGCUAGAAUAUUGCCAAUGACUGAAGCUCAUACCUUCAAACUAACCACUGCUGAAAAUGAACUUGGUGUAGUUAUUGCGUGCAGUGAAUAUGGACAUCCAAUGACCCCGAUUAGUUGGACGGAAAUGAAAUGUACAAAAACAAGUGCAGUAGAAUACCGAAAAGUAGCCAAAAUUGUUCAAGACAAUGCUGAUGAAAACAAUUAA